UGUCGGUUACAUCAACGCGAUCGCUCCUCCUUCACAAUAAUUCCCACUUUCAUUUAACUUUCGCGAUCAUGGAAAAAUCGUUUGCAAGUGAAUCUUCCUUGUUGUAGUAAUAAUUACAUAAUGCCAAUCCACCACGUAGGGUUUGUGGAGCCUGUGUAUUCCUAGCUUUCGCUGCCAACACUAGUGACCCAAUUUCGUUUUGAUGUAAGCGACUCGCUUUUAACCCAGUUUUCCGCGCGUGCUCACUAGCGCUCGAAUCGAAAGUGAAGUUGUGUAGCAGAACUGAUCUCGGAAGGAAGAACGGCGUAAUAUUAAGCCUUGCCCUUGAUCUAGCGGCGCGACCUGAACUUCUUGUUGGAACUUUUUGGUGGAAGUUCUUUUACAAGGUUGGCGGGAUCAUCGGGUGUGUUGUAUUGUUUUCGGAUGUUUACGCUUUAGAUUUAAAGAAAAGUGUCCGGAUUGGAGAAAUCACGGGUGAUCGUUUGCGUUGCCGGGACGCCACCGUUACGGUCUGGCGUUGAAGUGAUGUUGGUGGAUGGGCCUAACGCUACAGCCGACAUGAGCAGUGAUUCCACCGUGACUACGGUGGCACCCCAGCAAAGCCAGGAUGAUCCGGUAGAGAUUACAGAGGAAAUGUUAGGUGAAAAUUUAAAGGAAAGUAUUGAAAAAUUGAUAGUCGAUCAACAUUUGAAACUUACACUAGAACCAACUUUAGAAGAGGAACUAUCUGAUGAAAUUUAUGAAAGGUUGAUUGAUGGCAGUGAUGCAUCAUCAAGCUUAGAAGGGCCCCCUGGCAUGCUCGUUGGCUCACCCACCCACCAGCAACAGCAGCAGCCAGGACCCUUGGUGGAAUACCAGCACGGACACGACCCGCCGGACACCAAAGAAGGCAUCGAGGAGUUGUGUCCAGUGUGCGGGGAUAAAGUGUCCGGCUACCACUAUGGCCUGCUCACAUGCGAGUCCUGCAAAGGAUUUUUCAAGCGAACCGUGCAGAACAAGAAAGUGUACACAUGUGUCGCUGAUCGCAGCUGUCACAUAGACAAAAGCCAGAGGAAGCGAUGCCCUUACUGCCGUUUCCAAAAAUGUCUCGAAGUUGGCAUGAAAUUAGAAGCCGUUCGAGCAGACAGGAUGCGAGGAGGCAGGAACAAGUUUGGCCCCAUGUACAAGCGCGACCGGGCGAGGAAGCUGCAGAUGAUGAGGCAAAAACAAAUCGCCAGAGCCCAGUGCCAGGGCGUCGUUGGCAACGAAGUGUCACCAGUUGGUCCGCCCCCUUUCCCGCCACCUGCACUUCCAUCCCCCUCCAUGUACUCGAACGAGCCCCACAUAAAACAGGAACUGAUCCAGAUCCCUCAACUGAGUUCCUCCACCAGUUCUCCAGACUCGUCCCCUUCACCCCUUUGCACAUCGGCCCAGACCAACUCCACGAUCGCUGCCCAUUUCGCCCUGGCGGUCGGAGGGCCGCCCGUUCUCCAGGAACCCAUCAAAGUCAGCUCGUGGCCAUCGAACAGAGCCCCCUCGCCACCCGGGUCGGGAGCCUCCAACAACGGUGGCAGGUCUGCCGGGUCCCCCAAGUCGCCCUACCACUACAGCGACGUUGGAGCCCCGCUGUCCCUCACCCACAGUCUGUUUGGUGGCAGUGGCAAGGUGCCUCAUCUCAUCAGGGAGUUCCAGCAGUCCAUGCCGGAUGACAAGGAAUGGCAGAACCAGCUGUUCGGUCUGCUGCAGAAUCAGACGUACAACCAAUGUGAGGUGGACGCCUUCGAACUCAUGUGCAAAGUUAUCGAUCAAUCCCUCUUCGCGCAAGUUGACUGGGCUCGCAAUAGUGUGUUCUUCAAGGAACUCAAAGUCGAUGAUCAAAUGAAGCUACUUCAACAAUCUUGGAGUGAUAUGCUGAUUCUGGACCACCUUCACCAACGACUUCACAAUGGACUUCCUGAAGAAAUCACCAUGCCCAAUGGUCAGAAAUUCAGCUUGGUCAAUCUAGCUCUCCUAGGAGUGGCCAGUAUGGCCGAACAUCUAAAUACUGUGUCAUCUCGUUUGCAAGACCUGAAGUUUGACACCGUGGACUAUAUUUGUCUCAAAUUCAUGCUGUUACUCAACCCUGCAGAGGCAAGAACAUUGUCAAAUGUCAAGCUUGUAGCUGAAGCUUAUGAUCGAACACAACAGGCCCUGAUGGAGUAUGACCUCAUUUUCUAUCCACAAGUGAAUGACAAAUUUUCACAUCUACUUGCUUUGUUGCCAGAAAUCCAUAACAUCAGUGACAGGGGAGAAGAAUAUCUUCUUUAUCGACACAUCAAUGGUAGUGCUCCUUCACAGACUUUACUCAUGGAAAUGCUUCAUGCAAAAAAGAAAUAGAACUGGACUCCGACCAUGUGCACAUGGUUACUUUUGUUAAAAAUUGUUCUCUGAUGUAACUGCCAUUGAAUUCAAUUCUUUCUUAACUGCCAGAGAGACUAUAGGAUCUUAAUACUGCACAUUCCAUGUGUUGGGCCAUUGGUCCAUUGGGGAUGUUGAAGCCGAGAUCCAUCUUUCUCAAAAGGAAUGGAACUGACCAUUCUAUGUUGUUUUCAUCUUUAAAAGCACAUGUUGUUGUACAUUACUGACAAAAUGGGGGGGAGGGGAUGAUGUAUUCUGCAUCAACUAACAAAAAAAUACAAAAAAACAACACCGUCAUCAUUAACCAUGUUUGCUGUUAUUGUGUUGUAAUAUCUCAUGCAACUCUUUUUUGAUUCUCCUAAUGUUGUACAGUAGAUUGGGAGAUUUUUUUUGUUCAUGGUUACUGUUUCGGAUAUUGUGCACUCAAUUCGGAACAUAUAUUUUAUUUUUUAAUGUACAUUUCAUUGAUAACUAUGUCAAAAGAGAGUGGAACCUAUAUCCUACAGUGCAGAAUGCUGUAUGACGAAUGUGGCAUUGAGCACUGAUGCUUUAAAUAUUUUUCAUGCGUGCAUUUUGUUGACCUCAAGUGUCUCAGGGAAAUAACAGAAUGUAACAUGUUUAUUCAAAACAUAAAAAAACAGAAGCUAGCAAUAAAACGAAUUUCAUUAUUAUUAUUAUUUGUUUUUCAUACAUCAUUUGACACAGUUGGUAUUUUAAUCCUAUUUUUUUAUUAUACUUAUUAAAUAUGUUUCAAUUUGCUCUGAUAGUGCACAUUUAUACCUUUUAAAGUGCAAAAUUAGUUGCAACAAUUUUUUAAAUGUUUUGAACUAAAAUUAUUGGCGUAUCAAUCAGCAAUAUAUAUAUGCAGAGUUUGAACUUGUUUUCAUUCUGAAAUUAAACUGUAUUUUAAUAUACAGAACUCAAAAGGUAACAAAUUUCAUACUUUUUUAUUGCACGUAAGAGAAAUAUAUAAAAUUUUUCAAAGACAUUAAUUCCAUACCAAAUGUAAACAAUAAUCAUUCUUGAAAAAUAAAAGUACUGUUGUUUGACUUGAUUAGCAUUGUUCAGCCAAAUGAUAGGGUGAAAUAGUUCGUUUUCCUUAUUGAAAAUUAAUUAACAAAGGAAGGUGGAUCCAGUUUUGAGAUUUGGACAUUAAUAUGAUUUUCAAGACUUAAAUUAAUUUGUUUUGUAUCUAGUUUCAUAAAUUUGAAUAAACUAUCUUCAUUAGCAUAUAUUAUCAUUCUGAAACAUUCUCAAUAUUAUAUUCCAUGAAUGCUUAUUUGUUUGUAAAAAAAUAGAAUAAAAAAUAAUUAGUAAAAUAUGAUUAGUUAGUUGAUGCUGUAACAUAUUUAAAAAAUAAACUAACAUGUCUUUUAUCAGUAAUUUUUAAUUAUGAAUACAACUGCUAUUUAUUUAUGCCAUUUAAAUUUUGAUAUAUUUCAUGAUUGUUUUUAAUCUGUGAUUUUAUAAAUCAAUCUGGCUACCCCCAGCUGUUUGUAUUUAAGUUAAUAGAUUUCAAUACUCUGUUGACUUGUGUUUUGUAGACUAGUCAUUACUAUCCGUAAUGUGUUCAUCUACAUCUAAAUGCAGUACAAAUUUAGUUAAUCAUUUUUGGAACAAAAAAACAACAAAAAACUACAUUUAUUAAAAAUUUUUUAAUUUCAUAAAUGAUUAUAAUUCUAAAUUUUAACCAACUGUGUCAUAAACAUCUAUUUUUUUAUGUUUGAAAUACUUUUUAAUAAUUCAAAAUUAAUUUUUUGGUGUUGAUUGAUUGCUUCAUCAGUUUUAGUAAUCAACUCUUUUUCAAGUGCUGUUGAAGAAACAAUAAAAAUGAAAAUUAAAUAGAUGUUUUUACUUGUUGAUGAUGUUUGAUGUCUUUUAGUAAAUGAAAAAUUUUAUAUGUUUGUAGAUAAUACAUUCCUUGUGUAUUUUUCUUGUCAUGCGUGCAUUUUCAGCAUACUCUAGCAUUAUAUCAUUUCUGCUUACUGGUGUUGGUUUGUUUCAUCCAAAAAUUAACUUUACCUUCUUUUUUUUCUUUGAGUAUGGUAAAAAUUUGAAUAUGAGUUUCAAGUAUUAAUUUAACAACAUCAUCUGUUUUUUUAUGAGUUUUUUUCCUUUGUUCUUUAUACUGAAAAUUUAUGAAGAAAUUAUAAUUUAAUUAUAAUUCAUAUCAAGGUUUGAUUAAUUUGUUAUGAAUAUACUUGAAAAUUUGCAAUAGAGCAUAAAAAAUAUAUAUUGGAAUUGUUGAUGUUUUGCUAAGCAAGUGUUAGAACCCUCUUUAAAGCUGUUUAAAGAAAGAUUUCUUGUUGUAUUUUUAACUUUUAAUUUUGUGUCAAUAUUUUUAGACAUAUGGCUUGUUUAGCUGAAAUAUGUUGGUUUUUGAACUGGAUUGUAUUGUAAUCUAAACCUUGUGGAGAAAAGUUCGUUUGUAAAAGAGGUCCGAUUUAUUUUUCUUUGAAAUCUGCUUCAGGGUUUUUUUUUUUUUCCCUUGUUGGUUAAUGCUAAAAGAUAAAUACCUCUAUAAAGUGUUAAUAUUUCAUCUACAAGUCUGCAUAACUUCUGUGCUGUACUUUUAUAAGCUGUGUUAAUAUGGAGAAUUUAAUAUAUAAAUGCAAUAUUUUUGUAAUAAUACUGAAAGAUGACUCUUUGAAAAAAUUAUAAAGUUUUUAUAUUUUAGCUGUAGAUGUUGCUUUUAAUGCUUUUCUAUGACAUAAGUUUUGGAAUAGAAUAUCACUGUGCUAUAAUUACAUAUCUUAGUUGCUUUUUUACAUCCAAGAGAUUUUUUAAUUGCUCCUUUUACUACAAAAAAGUAAUGCCAUAGUAAAUCUUUGAAUUUGAAGUUAUGUAUGAACUAUGAAAUAAAUUUGAAAUUUUAUUCAUCAGGUAAAAAAAAGCAAAUAUUUUUCUAUUCUUAAGAAUAAUAAUAAUCUGGUGAUUAAUUUUGAAUGCAUUUUUUUCAUCAUUAUAGUAUAUUUGUACUUAAAAAAUGAAAUAUUAUUCUUAAAUUUUUUUUCCUUUUUUUUUUGUUAUUCCUUUAAAACCAUUAAUUUCUGCUAAAUCUUUUAUUUUGGUGUAGUAUUUUCUGACUGUUUAAAAACACAAAAUUGUGACAGAUUCAGUAUUUAUAUCAUUUUAUAUUCUUUAAUAAUUUUUAGCCACUAGAUGGUGCUAAGCUUUUAUAAAUUCAAAUUUAUUUUGCUUACAUCUAUAUUAAAUGUUAACUCGUCCUUCAACUCUAAGAAAAUAAUGUAAAUUCUCACAGAAAAUAAACAGAAAUGUGCAUAAAUAGAUUCUCCUUUUUUGCAUAAAUUUCAAAUUCUGAAUGUUAUGUGAAAAUUUUAAAUAUAAAAGCAUUAGAAUGUUUAGAGUAUUAUUCUUAAAUUAAUACAAAUUAUUUUAAAGUGAUAUACAUAAUGUACAUAAUUGAAUUAGAUACUUUUUUGCUUGAAGUUAAAUUCAAAAGGGACCACUUUUCAAUGGUGGGCACAUUGUGGAUUUUUCACUAAAACUCUCUCACCGCCGCAUCUUUAAUAAUAAGGUAUGGAGAGACCAGGUACGUCUGAUAAUUAUAUUUACAGUUAUCUUUGUGUAAGGAAAUGGAAAUAUUGUUAAAUCUUGGUAGUAUGCUGCGACGCGCACAAGGGUCCAGUUUCCUGCAUGAACUGUUUUUGUGAAACUGUUCUUAAACAUAACAUCUCCAUUCUAAAACUUAAAAGAAAUAAUUUUUUUUUAUCAAUAAAUAAAUUUUCAUAAUUUUUUAAAAAAUUAUAUAAAAUGGAACUUGCUAAUUGGAACAUCAAACUAAUAAACAAAGCAUAUAUCCUAAUUAUUAAAUUGCACAUAGGUUAUUUUCAUUCUGGUUUUUGUAGGUAAAAAGUAUAGGGUUGAUUGUUUAGAAUCUAUAGAGGGUAAAUGCAUGAAUUAAAUUUUGAAAGUGCAGUUUUUACAUGAAAAGAUUUUAAUAUAAAAAAGAAAGCAUUUCUCAACAAUAAUGUAUAAUUAUUAAAAUUAAAAAUCUUUAUUAUUAUUAUUAUUAUUUGUUUCAAAGGACUAAGGAAAUUAGACAUUUGCUUAAAGGUAAGUUUUUCAUAUUUUUUUUUUAAAGAAUAAAAGUUAGAAGGAAAGUAUUGCUCUCACUGAAAAAUAAUGCAUUAAUUAUAAUAAUUACAAAGAAAUAAGGUUUUUCAAUAUCCAUGCAUGAAAUAAAUGGCAAAUGAUAGAAUAGAUUAUUGAAUUUAAUAAAAGCAUUAACGGUCUAAUUUGUAAUUAUUGAUAUCUGAAAUAACAAUAAAUUUUUAAUCGAAUUUUAAGAGUUUCAAAAAGUUUGCUUAAUUUUAAAGAUGCUUCGUAUAAAAUUAAUGCAUUAGCAUUUUUUUUAAAUUUUAUGUCUCGGUUAUUCAAAGCAUAUAGUUCUAGAGCCUUUGCAGAUUAUUUUUAAAUUUUCAUUGCUUUAACAUGUUUUUUUUACUAAGAAAUUCACAAAUAACUUGGGAAUCCCAUUAUAAAAACUAUUCAUUUCUUUAUUUUGUCUCAAGGUGAAGCGCUUCAUAUUGCAUGAAUAAAUGUUUUUGCUUUGAUGAAUUGUCCCCUUUUAGCUACUUUUUUUAAUUGUCGCAUUCUUUUAUUGUGUAUUUUAUCAGCAUGAUUUAUAUGACGAAAAAAAUAUAAAAAGAAACUAACAAAAUCAUCUGCUGUUGCUCUUGUGACUAACUCAUGUAUAACUGUGUGGUAUUAUUUCUAAUAACUAAUUUUUAUUUUGUAGGGCAUUUUGUUCAAUUUUUAAAAAAAAAAAAUAUUAAAUGUAAUAUUGUCUUUACAGUUUAUUAUUAUAAUAUUUGUUAUGCUUAUGAACAGUUUCCUUCAUGAUUGCUGAUGUUUCUGCGUUGCAUAUUGUGCCUCUUUAAGUCUACUGAUAAGUGGAAAAGUUGUUUAAUUCACUUUGCUAACUCUGUAAAUGUAUCACACAUAGUAUUGUUUUUAAAUGUAUCAUUUACGAUUGUUGGCAUCUGUAUCACAGAAUUAUUUUGUUGACUAAAAGAAAAAAAAUAUGUUGUCUUUGCCAGCAUUGUUUGUGAAUGUGACUUUUUUUAAAAGCACAGAUAUCUGGUAAAUGAAAUAUGUGAAGAAAGCUUACAAGCUUCAUUGUUGAUGAGAUAGAGUAUUUUAAAUACUGCACAUAGUUAAAAUAUGUCUAAGAUGCCUUAUAAAAAAAGCAUAUUUGAAUAUAUAUGUUUUAUUAAUGAUAUUGUUAGCACAUAGUAUGAAGAAAUUUUGUUUCUUUGAAUCUGUAAGUAAAGAAAUGACAGGAUUCUGAAGGAUUUUUGAACCGAUGGGAGAUUGAGAAUUUUAUUAUGUCUUGUGGGUGAUGAAAUUUUCUUUUACAAUUAUUAAAAAAGAAGUUUUUAAAUAUAUGAUUGCAAUACUUGAAAUAAAGUAUUUUCAAAAUCAAUUGUGUCAUUGUUCAGAAAAUUUGUAGUAAAGCACAAUUACAGACAUUUUAAAAUCACAAUAAUGUUUUACAUUUCAACCAUUUUUAUAUUUAAUUAUUUUUAUUUGCAGCUGAAUUAUAUGUUACAGAAACGAAAGGGAAAUUGUUUAGACCAUAAGCAGGGUUUUAAGACUUUUUUUGGAAAUGCUUGAUGACAUUUAGAAAAAUUUGUUGAGAAAGAAUUAAGUAUUUUCAUAUUUAAUAUCAGCAAUAGCUGUCAGUUAUUUGUAUUGCAUAUGCCAUUAAUUAAUGCAUCACCAUUUGUAUUUAAAGUUUAGAUUAAAAAAAAAUAGAAUGUAACAUUCUACAGACUGAAUUAUAGUUAGAUUACCAUUUUUUUAAAUUUUUUUAUCAGUCUUAUUUCUUUUGUAUGUUGCUUCAAUUUGAUUAUUAUAGUGAAACAAUAAUUGGCUACUUUUUUUUUUAUACAUACAUUUCAAAAACACAUCUUACAUUUUGGAUGAUAAUUAUUAUAUAGAUGAAUAGAUAGUAAUAUAUGUCGUUAGGAGCAUAUAUUUUUAAACCCAUUUUUAAGUAUAAGAAAAAUAAAAAUUAAUUGUUCAUAUGUUUUUAUUUCAAUCCUUUAUAAUCCUGUUUUUAUUUUAGUGGGUAACGAUAGGAUUUCUCCUUCUUUUAAGCAUGAUACUGAAAAUUAUCAUAUUAAUUACCAUAUUUGUAAUUAUUUGUAUUUGUGGUAGAAAACUGACAAAAUUAUUGCUUUACAUUCAAUUAAAUAUUCUUGAUUAUUAGAAUGUCUCUAUUCUAUCGUUACCUUUUAAAUGACUGAUUUGUGUAAGAAGUUUAGAAAGGGAAAACAGCAUUCAAAGUAAUACUGAUUGAAUUUUCUUUAAAUUUAAAAGUACAUUUUUGAAAAAAAAAUUAACUUUGCAAUCUUUAUUGGAAAUAAAGAAUGUUAGUAUUUAUGUUUUAGUAGGUAAAAAAAAAUCUAUAAAGAAUUGAGAACAUGGUACUGUUCUGUUUGCAAAUUUGACGACUUUACAUUUCUUUUGUCAACCAUUAUUAUUUCCGCCAUUAUUAAUGUGGCGAAUUAACGCUGGGAAAAAAAAUUCAAGAUUGGAGACGGUACCAUAUUCUCAAUUCUUAUAUAAUUGUUAAAAUGUGCAGUUAGAUAGAGCAGUAUCACUUUGGCUGCUGUUUUCAGAAUUCAGCAAGCAAAUAAAAUGUUCAUGAGGUGCAGAAUUUUAGUGAAAAGUAUUUUUUGAUCUGUGUUAGCCAUCAUGUUUUCUGCAUGUAUACAAAGGAAAGAUAUUUGCACAUGUAUUUUUUUAUAUCAAUGUUGCUGAAUGGUAUAGAGCCAUUUAUUGAUUGUGAUUAUUAUUGGCUCUUCAGUGUGCUGGCAUUGUAAAUAAAAGGUGUUUGUUGUUUUA